UGUGUACAUACUGCAUCAUGUGUAUCCCUUCGCCUGCCCAUGGACAUGGGUUUCCUCCUGCCUUUUGGCCGUUGUGAAGAUGAUGCCAUGAAUGUGGACGUACAAGACCUAUUCAAGUCCCUGCUUUCAGUUCUUCUGGAUAUAUAGACUCAGAAGUGGAAUUGCUGGAUCAUUUGGCAAUGACUCAGGAUGCAGCCAGGGGCCACGACGUGCACGGAGGACCGCAUCCAGCAUGCCCUGGAGCGCUGCCUGCAUGGGCUCAGCCUCAGCCGCUGCUCUACCUCCUGGUCCGCUGGCCUGUGUCUCAACUGCUGGAGCCUGCAGGAGCUGGUCAGCAGGGACCCGGGCCACUUCCUCAUCCUCCUGGAGCAGAUCCUGCAGAAAACCCGAGAGGUCCAAGAGAAGGGCACUUAUGACCUUCUGGCCCCCCUAGCCCUGCUCUUCUACUCCACUGUCCUCUGCACGCCACACUUCCCACCAGAUUCAGAUCUCCUUCUGAAAGCAGCCAGAACCUACCACCGAUUCCUGACCUGGCCUGUUCCCUACUGCAGCAUCUGCCAGGAGCUGCUCACCUUCAUUGAUGCUGAACUCAAGGCCCCAGGAAUCUCCUACCAGCGACUGGUGAGGGCGGAGCAGGGCCUGCCCAUCAGAAGUCACCGCAGCUCUACCGUCACCGUGCUGUUGCUGAAUCCAGUGGAGGUCCAAGCCGAGUUCCUCGCGGUGGCCAACAAGCUGAGCACGCCUGGGCACUCGCCCCAUAGCGCCUACACCACCCUGCUCUUGCACGCCUUCCAGGCCACCUUUGGGGCCCACUGUGACCUGCCAGGGCUGCACUGCAGGCUGCAGUCCAAGAGCCUGGCCGAGCUUGAGGACAUCUUCACGGAGACUGCAGAAGCUCAGGAGCUGGCCUCGGGCAUUGGGGACGCAGCCGAGGCCCGGCAGUGGCUCAGGACCAAGCUGCAGGCAGUAGGAGAGAAAGCUGGCUUCCCCGGUGUCUUAGACACUGCCAAACCUGGCCAGCUCCGCACCAUCCCCAUCCCUGUCGCCAGGUGCCACACCUACAGCUGGAACCAGGACAGCUUUGACAUCCUGCAGGAAAUCCUGCUCAAGGAACAGGAGCUGCUCCAGCCAGGGAUCCUGGGGGACGAUGAGCAGGAGGAGGAGGAGGAGGAAGAGGAGGAGGAGGACUUGGAAACGGAUGGGCACUGUGCCCAGAGGGAUUCGGUGCUCUCCACCGGCUCGGCGGUCUUCCAUGACUCAACCCUGUCCCUCAGCUCACCCCAGGCUUCAGGGCCCGCCCUCUCCCGGCAGCUGCUGACCUCGUUUGUCUCGGGCCUGUCGGAUGGCGUGGACAGCGGCUACAUGGAGGACAGCGAGGAGAGCUCCUCCGAGUGGCCCGCAAGCCCUGGCAGCCAGGAGCGCUGGGGCCACCGCAGGCCGGGGCAGAAGUUCAACAGGAUCUAUAAACUCUUCAAGAGCACCAGCCAGCUGGUGCUGCGGAGGGACUCCCGGGGCCCCGAGGGGGGCGCGGACACAGCCCUGCCCCUGCGGCGGGCAGGGAGCCUCUGCAGCCCCCUGGACGGCCUGGGAAUGCCCCCCGCGCGGGCCCAGCGCUCCCGCUCGCUGCCCCAGCCCAAGCUCAGCGCCCAGCUGCCCAGCUGGCUCCUGGCCCCCGCCUCGCGCCACCAGCGCCGCCGCCCCUUCCUGAGCGGGGACGAGGACCCCAAGGCGUCCACACUGCGCGUUGUGGUCUUCGGCUCUGAUCGCAUCUCGGGGAAGGUGGCUCGGGCAUACAGCAAGCUGCGGCGGCUGGAGAACAAUCGCCCACUCCUCACACGGUUCUUCAAGCUUCAAUUUUUCUACGUACCCAUGAAGCGAAGCCAUGGGACUGGCUCCAGCACCUGCCCUGCUCCUGCAAGCCAUGCGCCCCCACUCCCCACGGACUCCCCAAAGCACUCUAGCCCUGCGGAGCUGGAGAGCACCAAUGAUAUCUCCCACUACCUCGGCAUGCUCGACCCCUGGUAUGAGCGCAACGUACUAGGCCUCAUGCACCUGCCCCCUGAAGUCCUGUGCCAACAGUCUCUGAAGGCCGAGUCCCGGCCCCUGGAGGGCUCCUCUGCCCAGCUGCCCAUCCUGGCGGACAUGCUGCUCUACUACUGCCGCUUCGCUGCCCGGCCGGUGCUGCUGCAGGUCUAUCAGACGGAGCUGACUUUCAUCACCGGGGAGAAGAUGACAGAGAUCUUCAUCCACUCCCUGGAGCUGGGUCACUCUGCUGCCACACGUGCCAUCAAGGCUUCGGGUCCUGGCAGCAAGCGUCUGGGCAUCGAUGGGGACCGAGAGGCCGUCCCUCUAACACUACAGAUUAUUUACAGCAAGCUGCAUUUCCAGGGAGCCAUCAGUGGACGAAGCCGCUGGAGUAACAUGGAGAAGGUGUGCACAUCCAUCACCCUGAACAAAGCCUGCCGGAAGCAGGAGGAGCUAGACUCUAGCACCGAGGCUCUGACGCUAAAUCUGACCGAAGUGGUGAAAAGACAGAACCCUAAGUCCAAGAAGGGCUUCAACCAGAUUAGCACAUCCCAGAUCAAAGUGGACAAGGUGCAGAUCAUCGGCUCCAACGGCUGCCCCUUUGCCGUGUGCCUGGACCAGGAUGAGAGGAAGAUCCUGCAGAGCGUGGUCCGGUGUGAGGUCUCACCCUGCUACAAGCCAGAGAAGAGCAGCCUCCGCCCCCAACCCCAGAGGUCCCCCGACCUGCCCGCCCAGGAGGCGCCUGACCUCUGCUCCCUCCUCUGCCUGCCCAUCAUGACCUUCAGCGGAGCUCUGCCCUAGGGGGGCCCUCACCAGCAGCCAGGGCAGGAAGCCCUGCGCAGGCAGCCUCCUCGGAGCCCUAACCCACGUGGUGGCCACUAGGGUCCCGCUCCCUGUGGAGAACUGGACGGCCCUCUGUUGGAUCCGGUCCUGCUGUGGGCCCUGCAGCAGACAGCGGCCUGGAGGUUUCUGGGCCCUUGGGGCUGUUUAGGAAAGACGCAGGCAUUAGGGAGACAGCGGCUGACACCACACGGCCCCUCAGAUUACUCACAGUAGACAAGAGAGGGAUGGAUGAGCUGACUUCCCAAGGCCUUGACCACUGGCAUGGUCUAGGAUCCUUUCUAGAAAGAUCUGAGGCUCUGGUGCUCUGGUGGUUUAGGCUCCUCUUCCAACCCUUGGCCAGGACACCCCUUACUUUGUCGAAGUCUUCAGGUACCCUUUGUAUCUGGGGUUCGGGUGGUAGAAUCAAGAAUGGGAAUUUCUUCCCAGACUUUCAGUACCUUCCGUCUCUCUCUCUUUCUCUCUCUCUCUUUUUCUCACAAGUUCUCUGGAUCCUUUGAAAAACAGCACUAAUAUUUUACCUGUCUACGGUCAGGACCCAGAACACAUUCUCUCCGGAGACCUUUUCUGGAUCUGACAGCUUUGGGAGACAGGACAGGCAUAGAUUCAACAGCAGCUCGGUUACCUUCUAGCUAAACGGCCAGAAGGAAGUGAUUUGGCUUCUCUGAGCCUCUACUUCCUCAGUGCUAAGACCUUGAGGGGUUGAAAUUGUCUCCAAAGCACCUGGCCCAGUGGCUGGCUGGUAGCUGGAGCUUGCUCGGUACAGAUCAGUGGCCUUGCCCUUCUGCGCCGACUCCCCCUGCCUGGCGCUGGGACACUCUCACCGUCUCUCCGAUGCUCUUUAUUCACCCUUGAGGCAGGACCAAGACUAAGAGGGGCAAGGAGUGGUCAGUUUUACUCUUUGGAGGAGGAAUGGCCUUGGCGAGGGUAAGAGGGGGGUUGGCACGAGUGCCCCCAGCCCUCACCGACUUCUCAACCCAGGUUGGGCCCCGUCACACCUGACGUUGGUGCACAUUGCAUAUGGAAUCUCCCAGCCCACAAGUCCAUUGGCACCAUUCUGGUGCCUGGGUGAGAUCCCAGAGGGGUGGGUUGAGAACCCGGCCUCCAGGGGCUUCAUGCCUGGCUGGGAGACAUGGGUGACAGGAUGUGAGAGCCAAAAAUGUAAAGCUGCCAUGUUGGAGUGGUUGGGGAGCUGGAGGCAAAUGAGGGAUAGGGUAAUAUCGGGGAGGGCAGGGCUGAGGACCAGGAUGUGGGCAGUCGGUACAAGUGGAGAAAGAAGCCAUGGAAAAAGAUGACUGUAACCGGCCCAGAGCCCCUCCUUCCACUCCUCCUGCUUUACUUGGCUCCAAAGGUUCUGUGCUUGCAGGAGCCCCUGAAACCCCAGCCCAGAGUACUCACUACUGGAGAGGAGCAAACGGAGCCAGCUCCUACCCUGUGUCGCUGUUCGUCCCCGGUCCUUGCCAUCUGCACUUGUUCCAGACUCCAGAGAGGAGCGGUCUGCCAGAUACAUUCCAUGGUUUUCUUGUUGCAUGAGAAGGUCGUGCUACUACAUGAUAAACAAGAUAUCCAAGAAUAAACAAACAAAAUUUAAUAUUAUUUUGAAAUAAAACUUGAUUAGUCUUGUA